CAUAAUGCGUAGGUAUAUUAUACGUACGGUGCGCGUGUGUAUGUCGUACCUACCAAUAGUGUUUUAAUCUAAGGGUCACCCGAGUCGUCUAGGAGGUGCGCUCGUCAAGAUAUUAUACAUCYAUCAUUUUAAUCACGGUGUAAAUCAAGAAAAAAACUUUGUAUUAUUACGCUUACAUCGUGUCGUUGUGCGGUUCGGAAAUACGCGUUUUUUACACGCUUAAAACAUAAUAUAGGUAGGUAGGUACCUACUAAAACUUUGGCCAACGGUCGUGCACAGCUCCUCCACAACCUGCUACGAUGACAACGGGCCGUCGUAUUGGUACCUACUACCUACUACAGGACUGAUCGUAGUGAAUUAUUAUUAUUUAUAAUAAUAAAUAUUAGGUUAUACCUAUACGACCUAGUAACUAUAUAUUAUUAUGGUAUAAUAAUCACGACGGGUACCGAAACGCGGUACUYAUGAUAAUAUACCAACACUGCAUAAUAUGUUCACGGUUCUGCGGUGAUUGAAGUCGCGUCUUCGSCAAGGUUCGGGUGUGAACAGGUUACCGAAUUAUGUACCUAUACCUACGUUACAUGCACGAUUCUAUAUUAGAUAAUGAUAAUAUAGUUCAUACGUCGUAAUAUUAUUGCCAUCGCAAGCGUGAAAAACAACAUGCGGUUAGAAAUAAGUCUGUCAAUAGUGUUAAUAGCGUGCUUGGUGCGUGUGACGUAUAAUUUGGAAUGCGAACAAAAUCAAAAUGGACAGUCCAUGAGCUUUUUUAAGACGAAUGGCGAUCUCCUGUUAACUGGUUUCUUUGAUGUUUACGACGAGAAAUGUUCAGGCCCCAUGUCCACGGGUAUCCAUUCAAUGGAAAUGGUAGCCACCGUUGUACAAAUACUAAAUUCAAUUCAUUAUGUCCCAGGCAUUACAUUGGGAUUAACUUUGUACGAAGUGUGUUCGUAUCGAAGUUCAGAUCUUCAAAAAGCAUUGAUAUCGUUCGUUGUCGACAAAGAUUGUAAUAACUCUACAAUACCGAUUGCCAUAUACACCACCGAAGACAUACGAGCCAAAAUCAGUCCAUCAAUUGGUUUGGACGUACCCAUCGUAACGGCAAGACCUAUUAUUGACAUCGAUAUCCAUGCCGAAGCGGCCGUCAAGUUUUUAAUCGUAAACAAUAUUAGCGUUGCGGACGUAUUAAUUGCGCAGGAUUUGGAUGUCGCUCAGAGGUUUGAAAGUGUGKCCAAAGACAACGGAUUUUGUUUGAACAGGACAGUCUUAGCUCAUAACAUGGGGAAUUUGAACGACUCCUUUGUAGUCAUUGUCAUGACGAACACGAUUAUCAUUAAAUCAAUCAUAGAAUCGUCCUCGACCGUUCAUGUAUCUCAUUUCAUUUUAAUACCACUGGACGGACCGUUACCGCCUAAACCAGACUUCAAGUACGGGUCGUACGUGUUUCAAGCAUACGGAAGUUGCCCGUUCGUCAACAGCAACAAUAACAGUGUUGCUGCCACUGCGGCCCCGGAACAGUUGCAGGCGGUGUCCACGCAAUUCGUGCAAACGGCCGUGGACGUGCUGCGCGCGGUGGACGCGUACACCGGGAAUGCRGGCGACGACGGUGUUAUAGACGACGAGUGCGGCAGGAACUCUUCAGCGGGACCGUGCGGCCCGGGCGMGGGAAACCAGACGGCCACGGGAGCAGGAUAUUACGGCGUCGAGACGGUGGGCAGAGUGUUGGACAGGCUACUGUUGCUGGACGGCAGCGGUGGCGAGUACAACGUGACAUUGGUGCACGUGACCGAAUACGGUGGUGAUGGCCAGACGGUCGGCAGUUAUGCACAGGACUCGAACGGAACGCGCCAGUUGUGGUUGCAGCGGGACGACGGUGGCGGUGGUCAGCAACCGCCGUACUUGGGAAAGUGCGAGGCGGACGGCUCGUGUCCGACGUGCCGGAUGYGGCCUACGCCGACGGCCACGCCCGUUGCACCGCCGUACGGAUUGCUUUCAGUGACGUGGAAGGAGGACGUGUGGAUAGCGUCCACGCUGACCGUGUCCGCGGUGGGCGCCAUAUGCGCUGCGUGCAUAGCGUCGUUCGUGCUGGUGCGCGUGUGCAAGAAGGACGUGAUGGAGGGCAACCCGACGUUCUCGUUCGUGCUGGUGGCCGGCACGCUGCUCAUGUACGCCAGCGCCGUGCCGUUCGCGGUGCAAGAUACYGCUUCCGGUUGGCCGCGGCAAGCCGUGUGUUACGCCAAGCUGUUCGGCACGUCCGGCAGCUGCGCGUUCGUGUUCUCCGCCAUGCUGGCCCGGAGUUUGAUGAUCGCCGCGUGCGACUGCGACUCGAGCUUCAUGAGCCACGUCAACGGCUACCUGCAGACGUCUCUGUUUGCGUUCACCGUGGGCGUGCAGCUGGCGCUGAUGCUUCAGUUCGUGGCCAUACACUCCGCCGUCGUGCCGUCGUCCGACCUUUGCCGGGUGUUCGUCGACGGUCCCCUGUUCCUGGGCUCCAUGKCCUACGACGCGCUUCUGCUGGUGCUCCUGUGCAUCACGUCCCCGUUCGUGUUCCGGUCUAAACGAAAUUACCGGGAAGGCGCGUGCUUCGCCAUCGCAACUUACCUGGUGUUCGCCGUCUGGCUGUGUUGGACCACGGCGUACGCCGUCCUGCCCAGGCAGUGGUCUGACAUGUGCGUGAUGGUCGGCAUGACGGCCACCGCGACCGUGAUCGUGGUAACCGUGUUCAUACCGCGCACGUACAUGAUGAUGUUCGGCAUCGUCCGCGAACAGAUCACCAGCUCGCUGCCGUCGCUCGGCUACGGUCACGGCGGCGUUGGCUGCGGCGGCGCCAGCAUCACGGACGUCAACUAUAGGUCAACGCAGGCCCUGUACGAUUCGGUUCACGUGGCCGCGCCCAAGUGCCAAUCGUCCAGUUUCAAAGGCCAGUCCAAUCCCAACUACUAUUCGCCGGCGGGGUCACAUAUUCAGUCGAUCCCCAGGAGCCGGCCACUGACGCCGGUCGACGAGUACGACUCACCCGCAUCGAUCGACAACAGGAUAACCAGAUUCUAA